GGACUAUUUUUAAUGUAACACCGAGAGUUUCACAUGUGUUUACUAGUGGAUGUUUUGCUCAAUUCAAACACUGUAUAUUUCAAGUUCAUCAUGUGGUCUCCCCUCCACUAGACUGUCAGAAUGAAGCAAACCGAGCCACAAAAAGACAGAGAGAGCCUCUAUCUGGAGGUGACCACUGUGAAUGGAGCCGUGUCUCUUCCGCUGCACUCCUCUAUUGUCCUCUUCCUCCUGUCCUACACAGAGUGCGCAUCCUUCCAUGUCUACCUGGUCACAGAUCAAGCAAGUAUCCUGUCGCCCCUAUCAGGUCUAGUGCCCGGGGGUCUGGCUGUCUCUGAAGUGAGGAGGGACGAGCUGCCAGGGCUGGUUAGGAUGUGCCGUCUUCCGGCUGCGCUGGAGCCUGGCGCUUGCUUUUGCAGAGCCGGCCUAGCUGUCGUACUGAGACACAUCAUUCAGAGAGCAUGCCAGCUGAUGCCAGGCCGUAGGGAUGUGGCGUCACUCUUGGGCUUCAAGAAUACCUGUCUCAAGGCUUGUGCUGAGGUGAGUCAGUGGACUAGACUGUGUGAGCUGGACAUUCCCUCUACAGUGGACCGACACUUACAAAACCCUGAAGACCAGAUGUGUCGACUUCCUGCUGCGAUCCUGAACUUAGAAAAGAGGUUAGGGAAACCCGUCAAGGUCCACAAUGAUGACAAGAUACGCCGACAGAAGCUACAACAGCAGAAGAAGGGCGAUUCUCAACUAAAAGGCCCUAAUACAGAGACGGAGAGUCAUCCGAAUGAAUCACAUCCAGGUGUUGAGCUCACUGCUGCUCUGGCGAAGCUCUCUGCAGAUGCAGUUCCUGCUCCCUCCACCAGGGAGCGCUCUGACAUCAGGAAAGUCAAGACCACAGAUUUGCCAGAGCUGGAGCAUGUGUUUGCAGAAGGGCUCUAUUUCACUCUCACUGAUGUUGUCCUGCUGCCCUGCGUCCAUCAAUACCUGAUCUCCCUCCAAAAGCACACCCCCUCCACCCUCUCCCAUCUCCCUUUGCUGCUGAGAUGGUACCAGCGUGUACAGGAGCUCCCCAGCAUACUGAGGGCUGCAAAGGAUUGUGGGAUGGCCCUCCUCAGUCUCAGCACGGUUGACCCUUGCCCUCCCCAGCUGGAGGCCCUACAACCCAGUGGAGCAAAGCAGGAAGGGCCAAAACUCAAGCAAGAGCCCUUCGUCGGGGGCCCGCGGCUAACUCUCUCCAAACUGCAAGAGAAUGGGAUUGAUGCUGUUUAUGCUGCUCACCCUUGCCCUUCAUGGACAGUUGAUUGGGAGAGCCUACCGGCAGCUGUCAACCCCACUGAAGGUAAGAUGUCAGACGCCCCUGCCGUGCGCAAACAACAGCAGCUCAACAACCUGGUUGCCAUGGUGACGGAGCUGGCCCGCCCUGGUCACACGGUGGUGGAUUUCUGCAGCGGGGGGGGGGGGCACAUUGGGAUUGUUUUGGCGUACACGCUUCCUAAAUGUCAGGUAAUUCUCAUUGAAAAUAAAGAGGAGUCUUUGGUCAGGGCCAGAGACCGAAGCGCUCAGCUCGGAUUGACAAACAUCGGCUUCAUCCAGACAAACCUCGACUAUUUCACUGGAAACUUCAACAUUGGGGUGGCCCUGCAUGCGUGCGGAGUGGCGACAGACAUGGUGUUGGAUCGCUGCCUCCAGGCGCGGGCGGGAUUUGUGAUUAGUCCGUGCUGCUAUGGGUUCAUUCAAAACACACUCAAGUUCAACUUUCCCAAGAGCGCGAGGUUUACAGAGACUUUGAGCUGUAAGGAGCAUAUGAUCCUGUGCAGGUUCGCAGACCAGACGGCUGUCAGUUUACCCCCAGAACGACGAUUAAUCGGGAAGCACUGUAUGGGACUGGUGGACUUGGACCGCAGUUGGGCCGCCGAGACUCAUGGGUAUUCUGUGAGGGUGAUGACCAUGGUCCCCGAGGGCUGCUCGCCUAAGAACAAUAUGCUGGUGGGGAUACCGACAAGAUAACACUGACUCACGAGAAAUACCCAUGUCAUGUCAGGACUACAAAUACCUCCAUGC